UUCGGGAAAUACCACCCGCAUAUGUGAAAAGUUCGGGAAAAACGUUGGCAUGAAACUUGUUUGUUUAUUAUCCGAUCGGAACCAAAUUUAUUUUCAAAGACCUUUGUUUAAAUUCAUUUGUGGGUUUUUCACACCUUUCAAGAAAUGAAUUCCGCCUUGGUUUAAAUGGGGGUCAAAGAUUUGGUGGGUGACGUUUUGUAUUCGAAUUCAGUAGAAAUAGGAUUUAAAGAUUUUUUGAGCGAAGUUUUAAGUUUUGUCCGAUUUGCAUCAAACUUAAGAAUACGUGUUUCAGCCAAAAAAAUGGUUGCAUGUAGGUUUUUAGCUUACCGUCCGAUUGGCUUCAAAAUCAAUUUCGGUAAUCUUCUUGGGUGGCAAAUAUGGGUCAAAGGUUUCAUAAAUGAAAGUUUACUCUUUAGCUUCAAGAUUUUCAUCGCAAGACUAACAUGGGCGGGAAACGGUUGAUUCCAAAACUUGGUUCUUUUUUCGAUGCACUUAAAACAUAUUUUUUAAUAAAAUUGAUUUGAAUUUUCUACGGGUGGGUACUUAGUGGAAAGGUAAUAUCUAAAAUUUUUGGCACGAAAAGUUCCACGGGCAAGGCCGGGCAAUAUCCGCUAGUAUAUGUAUAUUUCUAUGGUUUCUAUUAGUAUAUUAGGAAUACAAAUUUUAUUAGCUUCUACGGCCUUUGACUAACAAUUUCCUAAAUGAGCCUGUCUAAGGAAUAUAUAUAUUUAACCAACUAGAUAUCGAAUAGGAAUUCUUGAAUAAAGUAGGCAUUUGAUUUAAUUUAAAAUUUUGUAAAAUUUGGGUAGCCAUGCUUUUAAUGUUGAUUGCUUGCUAAAAGGUGCCGAAUCAAAAAGCAAAUAAAAUUGUGUCCGGAUUGCAGAGCAAGAAGAAAAAAAAUAAAUAGAAAAUUUGACAGACAAAUCUGAUCGCCAUGGAUCCCAUGAAAUCAAAUGCUGAGAUAAAAGACCUUAUGAAGACUGACAGCAUUGACCAAUGGAAUGGGCCAGAUCCUGGUACCGUUACGGUGGCCACACAAACCGAAGAUUUGAAAAUUCGUAGCUUGGAGACCAUACCGCAACCUCGAAAAUUUGCUAGGCCCAAGACAACGUAUCAGCAGCAGCAGAAGUGGCCAGAUAUGAAUCUGGACGUAACCAAUGAGACAGACAAGUGCACAACUCGCAACAAGGCGUGUCAGACUAUUAAAACUGGUGUCAAGCGAUUAUCGACCGAUUCCCAAAUGGAUAAUCUGCGGGCCGUUAUGUAUCAAAGACGAAAAAUGGCCAUAGACAUGGAUCGGGCCCAUUUAGAGAAGUUAAUGGAGACAAUUAAUGCCGAUCCACCGCCCCCCUGGCAUGAGGCGUCACUCCUGUGGCUGGAGGUCGACAAGUUGGAGAAUCGCAUUGAGGAAUUCGACAAAGGCAAGACACCGUAACAAGUUACACGAAGAGCGAAACAUAAUCCGUCCAUAGCUAUAUUGUGAUUGUAUAAAUAAUUUACAGCUUUAAUAGUUAAAUAUAUAUAUAGUAUGUACCACCUAACAGCUUACAGAUAAAGGAAAAGGGAAAUACGGAGGCCGGAUCUAUUGGAACUAACAUAUAUUCAAAUAUUCAAUAAGCACGAAUAAGUCUUCGAGCAGAGGCGUGCGCUGUCAGUUCAGGCUCCGGAUAAUUUGAGCGAAAGGAUCUCUUAAUUAUUCUUUGCUAGCCAGGCGGCACUCCAAGAACCAAGACCCUUUUACAAUUGCGCCAAAGCUGGUCGGCUACUGAUUUCAGCAGCUGAAUAUGCUAGCUGCCAGUACGUUCCCAUUGAGGAAUAUUUGCUAAUAUGGCCGACUUCUAAGCCGAGCAAGAGGCAAAAAUUCGCCUCCCCAAGGAACAGCGAAUUGAACCACGUCUAUACUAGGCCGAAUUUUUGGUGUAAGUGUAAGCACCCGAUUUCUGCA